GGCCGAAGAGGGGCCGAAGAGGGGCCGAAGAGGGCACGGGCGGCGGCCCUGUCUGCGGCCGAGCCGAACCGAACCGAGCCGAACGGAGCCGAGGACGAUGUCGGGGAGCGGAGUAUUCUUGUCCUGAAGGAAAAUACGGUGGAUUCCUGAAGAACUAGGCAGUGGAAUGUGAAAUUCUAUAUUCUAGGACAGCCUCUAGACGGAUAACCACGGUAGCCCAGCGGACUAGUAUACUGCUGAUGUAUAUUCAAGAUGAGUGGAUUAGGAGAAAACUCCUUGGAUCCGCUAACCUCUGACUCAAGAAAACGCAAAUUGCCCUGUGAUACCCCAGGACAAGGUCUGACCUGCAGUGGUGAGAAACGGCGCCGUGAGCAGGAAAGUAAAUACAUAGAAGAGCUUGCCGAGUUAAUAUCUGCUAAUCUGAGCGAUAUUGAUAAUUUCAAUGUCAAACCCGAUAAGUGUGCCAUUUUGAAGGAAACCGUAAGGCAGAUUCGUCAGAUAAAGGAACAAGGGAAAGCAACACCGAAUGAUGAUGACGUUCAGAAAGCCGACGUGUCUUCUACAGGGCAGGGAGUUAUUGAUAAGGACUCCUUGGGACCACUUUUACUUCAGGCAUUGGAUGGCUUUCUGUUUGUGGUGAACAGAGAUGGAAAUAUUGUCUUUGUGUCCGAAAACGUCACACAGUAUUUGCAGUAUAAACAGGAGGACUUGGUAAAUACAAGUGUAUACAGCAUCUUACAUGAAGAGGACCGGAAGGAUUUUCUUAAAAAUUUGCCGAAAUCCGCAGUUAAUGGUGUUGCCUGGACGAGUGAGACUCCUAAACAAAAAAGCCAUACUUUUAAUUGUCGAAUGUCGGUGAAAACAUCGCAUGACCUUCUGGAAGAUGUAGGCAGCAGUCCCGAUCCGCGGCAGAGAUAUGAAACGAUGCAGUGUUUUGCCUUGUCUCAGCCACGAGCCAUGAUGGAAGAAGGAGAAGAUUUACAGUCCUGCAUGAUUUGUGUGGCCCGACGCCUCACGACAGUGGAAAGGGUGUUUCCGUCCAACCCAGAGAGCUUCAUCACCAGGCAUGACCUUUCAGGCAAAGUGGUCAACAUCGAUACAAACUCUUUGAGAUCCUCCAUGAGGCCUGGCUUCGAAGAUAUCAUCCGGAGAUGUAUCCAGCGGUUUUUCUGCCUGAAUGACGGACAGCCCUGGUCCCAUAAACGUCACUAUCAAGAAGCUUAUAUUCAAGGACACGCCGAAACCCCAGUAUAUCGCUUCUCUCUAGCCGACGGCACCAUCGUGACAGCACAGACAAAGAGUAAACUCUUCCGCAACCCAGUGACCAAUGACCGGCAUGGGUUUGUCUCUACCCACUUCCUACAAAGAGAACAGAAUGGAUACCGCCCGAACGCCAACCCUCUCGGGCAAGGCGGGCGUCCGCCCCCGGCCGGCUGCCCUAGUUCGGUUAGCGGGGUGAACGUGUCGCCCGGUCAGGGCGUGCCGGUCCCGAGCAGGAGCUACAGCUCGGGCGACCCCGGUGCCCUGGGCCAGAUGGGCGGCCCCAGGUACGGAGGAGCAGGAGGAGGAGGAGGAGGAGGAGGCCCCAAUCCCCUGGGCCCGGUGAACCCCGGGCCGGCAAUGCCGCCCACCCCGUACCAGACCAGCGGCAACAGCGGCGGAGGCGGCAACUACGGCCUGAGCAUGAGCAGUCCGCCCCACGGCAGCCCGGGCCUCGGCUCCAGCCAGCCCAACAUAAUGAUCUCCCCCCGCAAUCGCGGCAGCCCCAAGAUGGCCCCCCACCAGUUCUCUCCCGUAGCAGGCCUGCAUUCGCCCAUGGGAUCCGCCCCUAACGCCGGCGGGCCCAGCUUCUCCAGCAGCUCCCUGAGCGCCCUCCAGGCCAUCAGCGAGGGCGUGGGGACGUCGCUCCUCUCCACCCUGUCCUCCCCCGGACCCAAGCUGGACCACUCCCCCAACGUGCCCCCGGCCCAGCCCGCCAAAACGGGCGGCCAGGAGUCCAAGAGCCCUCCCGGCGCUUACCGCGAGCCGAGCCCGGCGGAGAGCUCCGUCUGCCCGUCCGGCGGCCGGGACCACCUCGGCGACAAGGAGGCUAAAGAAAGCGGCCCCGAGGGGCCGGAGCAUCCCAGGGGGCCGCCCGAGAGCAAAGGCCACAAGAAGCUGCUGCAGCUGCUGACCUGCUCCUCGGACGACCGGGGCCACUCGGCUCUGACCGGCUCGCCGCUGGACCCCAGCUGCAAGGACGCCGCCGGGGCGGCCAGCCCGUCGGGUGUCUCCUCGUCCACGUCCGGGGGGGUGUCCUCCACGUCCAAUGUGCACGGGUCCCUGCUGCAGGAGAAGCACAGGAUCCUGCACAAACUGCUGCAGAACGGCAACUCCCCGGCCGAGGUGGCCAAGAUCACCGCCGAGGCCACCGGGAAGGACACCGGCAACGGUUCCACCCCUUGCGGCGACGGGCCCAUCAAGCAGGAGCAGCUGAGCCCCAAGAAGAAGGAGAACAACGCCCUGCUCAGGUACCUGCUGGACCGGGAUGAUCCGACCGAUCCCCUCUCCAAGGAGAUCAAUCCCAAGGUGGAAGGGGCCGACAAUAAAAGCGGACAGUGCAGCAGCAGCAGCGGCUCCACCAUUCCCACGUCGAGUCAGGAGAAGGAGGUGAAAGUCAAGACGGAGCCAGCCGAAGAGGUGAGCGGAGACUUGGAUAAUUUAGAUGCCAUCCUCGGUGAUCUGACCAGUUCUGACUUUUACAACAAUGCCAUGUCCACCAAUGGGAGUAAUCUGGGGACCAAGCAAGGAAUGUUUCAAGGAAAUACGCCUCUAGGUUUGCGAAGUCCGCAGUCAGUCCAGCCCACCCGACCACCUUUCAAUAGAGCCGUGUCUUUAGACAGCCCUAUUUCCGUCGGCUCCGGCCCCGCCGUAAGGAACGUCAAUGCCUUUUCCAUGUUACCAAAGCAGCCCAUCAUGGGCGGGAGUCCGAGAAUGAUCGAGAGCCAGGACAACUUUGGCCCCAACGCGGGUGGGCCCAAUCGAAAUAUGGCUAUGAGUCAGCUCGCCUCAGGCGACUGGGGUCUGGCCACCUCCAAAGUCAACAGAAUGGAAGCGGCAACCGCCAGUCCGAUCGCCAGAGCGGGGUCAGACUACGGCCUCCCCAGAUCUGCGAUGGGCGGCUCAGUUCCCGGCCUGCCCAUGAGGUCGAACAGCAUACCGGGCGCCAGACCGAUCCCGCAGCAGCAAAUGAUCCACAUGAGGCCCACCGAGAUGUCCAUGGGCAUGGGUGUGAAUCCUUACGGCCAGCAGGCACCUGCCAAUCCACCCAAUUCCUGGGCAGAAAGUAUGUUAUCCAUGGAGCAGGGCCCUCGGGGGACUCAAAACAGCAGGCAGUUAGUUAGGAAUUCAUUGGAUGAUCUCUUAUGCCCUCCGCCUAACGUAGAAGGUCAGAGCGAUGAGAGGGCUCUGUUAGAUCAGCUGCAUACUCUCUUGAGUAACACGGAUGUCACGGGACUCGAAGAAAUUGACAGAGCCCUAGGAAUCCCCGACCUUGUAAAUCAAGGGCAGGCUCUGGAGCCCAAGCAAGAUUCAUUCCAAGGCCAAGAGUCCGCGGUCUUGUUGGACCAGAAGACCGCUUUAUACGGGCAAUCCUACCAAACGCAGGGAGCGGCGAUGCAGGGUGGCUUUAGCAACCUGCAGGGUCAACAGCAGUCCUUCAACACCAUGAUGACUCAAAUGGGCCAGCAAGGCAACUUCCCCCUGCAAGGCAUCCACCCCAGGGCCAGCGUCAUGAGGCCGCGAUCCAACACGCCCAAGCAGCUCAGAAUGCAGCUCCAGCAGAGACUUCAGGGGCAGCAGUUUUUGAACCAGAACCGGCAGGCGCUGGAGAUGAAGCUGGAGAACCCGGCCGGUGGUGGCGGCGCGGUGAUGAGGCCAAUGUUGCAGGCCCAGGUGAACUCCCAGCAGCAAGGUUUUCUUAAUGCUCAAAUGGUAGCCCAGCGGAACAGAGAGCUGAUAAGUCACCACAUCAGGCAGCAGAGGGUGGCCAUGAUGAUGCAGCAGCAGCAGCAACAACAACAACAGCAACAGCAGCAACAGCAGCAACAACAGCAACAACAACAACAGCAGCAGCAGCAGCAGCAACCCCAAACCUUCAGUCCGCCGCCCAACGUGACAGCCGCGGCGAGCCUGGACAGUGGUUUGGCGGGCCCUGCGAUGCCUCCUGCUCCCCCUCAGCAAUAUCCGUAUCAGCCUAAUUACGGAAUGAGCCAACAACCUGAUCCCGCCUUCAGCCGGGUGUCCAGUCCUCCCAGUGCAAUGAUGUCAACGAGAAUGGGGCCUUCCCAGAAUGCCUUGAUGCAGCACCCUCAGGCAGCCUCGAUGUAUCAGUCGCCCGAGAUAAAAGGCUGGCCGUCAGGAAACAUGGCCAGGAACAGCUCUUUCUCCCAGCAGCAGUUCAGCCACCAGAGCAACCCGGCAACCUACGGCAUGAUGCAUAUGAACGGCGGCGGAGGCGGCGGCGGCGGCGGAGGCAGCCACAUGGGACCGAUGAACAUGAAUUCCAUGGCGAUGUCGGGAAUGCCGAUGGGUCCGGAUCAGGUAACAGGGUUUUAUCCUCUGGCUUUUCAGGGCCCAGCCGGGGACAGGAGAGACCGCCCUAGUCCCCACGCUAACCCACAGCUGUCCAGUAACGUCCACCUGGUACCCCCGGGGAGGGGCUGGGCUGUGGACGAGCAGGCCAACCUAUAGGGACGCAGGACGGGGCCCCGCCAGCCCGAAAAUCAGGGAGCAGGAUUAAAGCGAGCGAGAGAGCCGUCAUCUGCGGGAACCGAUGGUCGGUGUGCAGUGGCGUGGAUGACUCAAGCGUUGGCGCACAGAUGUUUUACCGGUGACUUCCUGGCUUUCCCCUCCCCCACCUCCAACAGAAAUACUGCUGAUCCCCGAAACCGGAACCCCUAAAAGAGAAUUCACUGUACAAAUGACGAUGCACUAAUGUUUUCGAGGCGCAAAAGAACGAGAGCGGUUGCCACUUGAACCUGGCACCUGGCCCCGCUGGAAAGGACCUGCUUCCCCCUCCCCUAUCUUGUCAAGGCAUCCCAGGUGACUUCACCUGACCGGGACUGGUUUCCGACCCGAGGCCGUGUCUACGGGUGUUUCUGUAUAUUGUGGUGUACAAAGCAAUGGACGCAAAUCAAUAUUUUUGGGCCCUCUGCCUCUCGAGAAUGCGGAUCUGGGAAAUGGAAUUUGAAGUCAAUACGGUAGGCUCCUUAGGUGUUUGCUUCUUCCUGUCUUGCUAUCCAAAGCCCUUUAAACUCAGUCAGGCCAAAGAGCAUGGAGAAAUCACGUGGGAUUUAGGAAACGAAACGGAACAGCAGCAACGAAAUGUCUGGUGGCUCUAGUAGCGGCGUCUGACCGAGAAUGUAGGCCCCAGCCUUGGGGAUGGUCUAAAUUACCGAACACACAAUUUUCUGCUAUCUUAGUGUCCCAAAUGAGUUGCGGUCUCUGGUCCUCUAGCUUCCCCAUCGACCCUUUAGCCCCAGUCCGGGCCAGGUGUCCACCGGUCCCGCGGAGGGUUGGUGAUGUGCCUCGCGAUUCUCCGGGCCUCUGACCGGCCCCCCAAAAACAGCUCAGAAUUCUAGGCGCCCCCCGAGUGACUCUGCACGGGGGAUAAUCUUUAAUUACAGUAUUUAAUGGCAGUAGUGAUUAAUAUUUACAUAUUAAUGUGCCCUGAGUGCACUUUAUAGAAAAAAAAGAGAGAAUGGAUUAAUGCAAUAUUUUUGAGGACUUGUAAUGGUGCGGUGAAUUGUUCCCGAUCCUCGUCAGAGCUCACCCAGCGGACAAGAACUGUAAAUUUGAAGAGACCGGAGAGCGUCACCCUUUGCCUGUAUGGUCAAGCAAUAAUCCUUUUUUUUGAAAAUAAACUUCAGAAAACCCAAGGCAAGGAACUGCAGUCUCAAUCAGUUUUGCAGCCUGUUCUUGUGAAUAGCUUUUGUAAAUACGAUCUUUAAGAUAUUGUAUUAUAUAUAUAUAUAAAUACAUAUAUAUAUAUGACUUUUGUAGGUCACAAUAACUCAUUUUUGCAGAGUUUGUGAAGCUAAAUAUUUAACAAUGUCGAUUUCCGUCAACUCAGCUUAGUGAGAUCAGCGAUAGAAGAGCGUGUGUUUGUGAUUUAGUGGCGGGGUGGGGGGUGCUCCCUUGAAGCUUCCCUUCCCUUCUGAUCCAGGACCCCUCACUCCUUUCCAUCUUCUAACCAAACUGCUUGUUCAAAAAAAAAAAAAAAUCAAGUUUGUUUAAGUUCCAGCAGUCGAUGGAUUGCUUUCUCCACCUUAUAACUAAGCACUUUGUUAGUAUUUUUCGUUUUCAUUUUUAUUUUUUAUUUGAAGGUGGAAGGGUUUGUUUUUGAUUCCAGGGCAAUUAGGCAAGAAAAAGAACUCUCGGGUUUUCGCAUUGCCCUUCAGUCGUUCCAGUGCAGGUGAGGGUAUGUUUCUCGAGGCGACCCCCUGCCUUUUCAAAUCAGUCAACAGAAAGAGCUUCGUUGGCCUUUUGUUCUCAUGAAGUGAAUUGUUCGUGAUAUUCGAGUGGUUUUCCCGGUUGCAGCCGUUUUAACGUUUCCUCGACGUCCCGAUCCGAAACCACCCACCCCCACGUCACUUCUGGUCCUCAAAACGCGCUGACAUUUUGAUGCAGAGAGAGAGGUUCCCCCUUGGGCCCCCGGGACAGCCAACUCUUAAUCGUUCGCUCGGGAGCGGGCUCUGCCUAUCUUUUGUCUGUCCCCCUUCUCCCUCCGGCCGCCUGACUUUUGGCCACCUUGACCGCAUGCGGUGGAUGUGGGAAAAAAGGGGAGCUGCAAUACAGAGUGGUCCGUUUGGCAGUCCGGUGGCAGCCAGAGAGAAAGUCUCAGAUGGGGAAGUGUUGGCAGUUCGGCUAAUGAUGGGGCUUUUGGAUUAUCCGUGCAUUUCGAGGAUCCUCACGGGUCCAGUCCCCUUCCUAGCAACAGUCGAGAGCUGGCUCUACAAAUUCGAUUUCAGCUCCCUAGCCGGUGUUUCACAGAAAUCUUUGCAGAGAUGACUCUUUAGUUCCCUUCACCCUUCAUAAUUCUCAGCAGUUCUCACAGCCGAAGUGUCCAGGAGCAACUUCAGAGGAGCGAGCGGGGAGUGCUUUUGGAAACGAGACGGGAUGUUUCUUUGAUGGACCGUUUCCCACCCCGUUGCCUAAAAUCAGGGGGCUCGGCCGUUUUUUGAGUAGUUGGAUUGUGUGAAGGGGCCGUUGGCGAGCAGGGAGAAUUGAAUGACAGCCGAAGCCAUAGGUGGCUAGUCUUCUUGUCGGGCAAGGAACUUUCCCACCCCUGUAAAGCGUUGGCUUAGCUUGACUUGUGCUGACACCGUCCAAGGCAUUUUUUUUUUUUUUAAGGCUUUCGGUGUACUUAACUUUAUCCCAACUGGUUCAUCUGGCCGUUGAAAGGAUUAAUGGCACUCCUCCCUUUGGAGUGUUUUUUUGGGUUUUUUUUUUUUGUUUUGUUUUGUGUUGUGUUUUAGCUCCUUUGUGCCCAUCAGCUCAGAAAGUGAUCCUGACAGUAGGCUGUCCUGGCCCAGGGCUGACAGGUAACAACCCCCUUCUCCAAACAGUCAACAUGAAAACGUACUGACGUCUCUCAGGUUUUUAUACUCAGUCAUUUUACCGGUGAGAACAUUGAAAGAAUAGAUCUCUGAGAUAGCGUACUACAUAGUAUAUCGUUCCCUUUUGAUUUUCAAGUUCCAUUUGAAUACCCCCGGUUUCUAAACUGCGCUACCAGAAAAUUGAACUAAUCCUCACUUUCGUCUGGCUCUAGAAUGCAUUGACUUCUUGCUGAAUCCAAAGAUCCUUUCUUAAUAAAGCUCAGUUGCGACGGAAAGGAAAUGAGAAUUUCUUUUUUUUUUUUUCCAAAGCUAUCCCAAAAUCAAAUUGUUACUAGGGCUGCGUUUUAUAAUUCUGCAUCUAGACGGAAAGGUGUCUCUACCAACCGACAGCACUCUCGAGUUUUUGUCAGCAUUUUUUCUCUAGAAAACGGACUGGGUUAAAUUUUUUUUUCUUUUGGCUGAACAGGAAAUAGGCUCAUAAGGAGCCCAAGUUAUUUAGUCGAUGAAACCGUGUGGACUUUGGUCUCUUCCCACCUGCCUGCUCACCUUGUUUUGUUUCCUCUUAACCGGAGAAGUUGGGUCUGGUAAAAUUCCUGAGUUUGAACUACUUCAAUGAAUUUCUCAUCCUGAUUUUGUUUGCUUCUUGCAGCAAGGAGAUGAAAGCAUUUUUUUUUUUCAUCUAAAGCAAAACUAUCUGAAUGUUACACUUAGUAAUGUGCAGGGGUUUAGGAAAAAAACCUAUUUUUUUAAUGUGUGGAAUUUCAAGGAUGAUGGAAAUGAUCCAGCAACUAUUAAAUCGCAUAUGAUUCUGAGAGCAAUAUGUCAGAAUUCUCAGGAGAAGGCUUGCAGUAUUGAGAAUUAAUUCAGUUUAAAUUUAGUUUACAUUUAAGUAUUGCUUGAAAUACCUGUAUCUUUCUCUGCGUUGCGAAAAACUUCAAACCAUGUGGGAUGAUUUGGAAAAACGGUUGGUUGUGCGCUCUGACUGCUUCUGAUUGUUUUGGAUGUUAAUAUUCAUGUAAAUAAAGGUUUCUAUUUAAAGCU